GGGCGCCACUUGCAACACUUUCGCUGAUGCCGCCGUGGCGAGCGGUUGUCGGAGUAUUCGGGUCUUGCUGAUGUUUGUGGCUGCAUGUUGAGCGUUGUCAUCCGAGUUACGAAGCUGACAAUACCGGCAGAUCUGUUGGUAAAUUACGACCGCAUCGGCGUAGGGCGUCAACUGGCUGUGGCGCAUUUCUCGGCAUGCGUGUUUUGAAGUGAAGUGUAGCGGUUUCAAACACGAGUGUUGUUGUGCGAAAGGUCAUCCUCCUUUCCUCGUGGAAGAAUUCGCCUGGCUUUUACAGUAGGCGGUGGCGGUGACGGUGUUUGAUUCAUCUUCAUGCGGAUACACAUCACGCCAUCGUCGCCAGCGUCACACGGUAAACUGGAUGCCUAUCCGAGCUGUGUGCCAUGACUUUGGCGGCGGACAUGCGGACCGACAUCGACGGGGCUGAGGGGGCUACGCACAGGCCUCGUCCCGAUGUCCUGUCCUGAACGCCAUGAUGCCUAGCAACAAGCACGAUCCCUACCAGGAAUUGGAGGCCUACCUCCGGCAAGCACAGGCCGAGGUAGGUAGGGCCGUCGAGGACUUGCUCGCCUCCGAGUCGCCGGGAAGCUCGUCGUCAUCGGCUGGAAGCCGCAAGAACUCGUGUCCCGACCUGUACAGCUACGGGGAUGCGGACGACUCGUGCCGGACGCCGCGCAAGUUCGUGGCCACUUACACGUCCCUGAGCGCGCCCAGACCCCGGCGCGGCGUUAAUGGAUUCGGCGGCUCCUCUUGCUCCGACAAGGCGCAGCCGACGGCGGCGGGCCUCGUCGUGACCAACGGCUCCCGAGGACGCCGCGCCAGCGACGGCGAACCGCCGACGUGCGCUUGGGACGCGUACUACGGCUGGGAGUCUCUGCAGCUGUCGCGUCCCCCCAGCGGCGACGCACACCUGCUGUCCAUCUACACCCAGCGCCUCGUGGAGGCGGUCAACGGGUCCUUUGCCGAAGAACUGUCCUCGCUCGAAAACGAUGAGGGGCCGUCGACCGAGCUGGGGAGGACCGAGUGCGGCAGCGACGCCGUCGACCAAAGCACGUCGACCGUCCCGGAGGCCACCGAAGCCGGCCGCUUCACCGUCGCUGCCGAGGAGGAGCCGGUCUCGGCGGCGUCCGCUCAAGGGGACGGCGCAAGGAAUGGCGAGAGCGACGCGGCGGCGGCUGCCGACUCUCCGUUCGGCGAACGAGGCGAACUAGAUUCCCAGAGGAGAAGCAGCGACGACGGCGAAAGUGGCGCCGAGAAGAAAUUGCCACUGAUCCGGUCGUCUUCGUGGCCCGACCUGGCGACGCUGCGGUGCGGCCGCGCACCUUCGCAACCGCCGACGUCCUUGUGCGACUCCAGCCGUGCCGGUAGCUGCCCGGAAACAGCGGCUGACAGAGCCAUGAGCGGCGUCGCGCCGUCUUCGGUCGGUGAUGCCGACAGUUGCCAGGCGCUCAGCUACGACGGCUCGAUUUACAAGAACCAGCAGCUUUACUACGAGCGCGACGAAGGCGCCGAGGAGGCGAAAGAAGAGUGUGUGCUGUCCGCGGACAGUCCGAGUUCUGUCAAGAACGUGCCCGCCGUGGAUGAUUUCACCGCAGUCGAGCUACGAAUCAGUGAUUCUGACCACGACGACGAGACGAGGGCGGCAGCCGACUUGCCCGAGCUGUUCAUCCGCGAAGACGAACGCGAUGAACCGCCGCCGACGGCUCGAAGCGGCGUCGGCAGCGACUACCGCACCUCGGUGUCGGCCGUGGUCGCUCCGCCGGCGUCGUCGACGACCGCGGCGCUGCGCGACUCGUUCACGCUGGACCUGCGCUCGCCGGGGCUGGUGCGCAGCCGACUCAACCCGUACACGAUCGAGGUGAUCGCGAACCACGCGUCGUCGCCCGACGAAGUGCUGGCCACCGUGUCGACGCUCGAGGCGCGGCUGGCGUCGCACCCGCUGCCGCCGCUGGUGAUCGACGAGAACGAGCCGGACACGGGGACCUGGUCGUCCACCUCGACGGCUCACUCCGCUUCCACUGUGAGUCGCCACGAGUUGGAAGAGUUCCUAAAGAGCGUCGAACCGCCGCACGAUCCUCCUGGUUGGCCGCAGGACGCCGUGACUCAGACGACGCCGGUGAUAUCGCGCAGCUCCAGUUUCACCUGGGUGGCCGAGGAGUGCGGCGAGGAGCUGGACUCGUCCAAGGAGAGCCUGGCGGCUGCGCACGGCGAUGCGAAACCUUUGGCAAAGACGCCGCACCACACCCUGGCCGUCGCCACCCAGUCGCCGUCGCCGGUGUCGAACUCAUCGUCCUCGUCGUCCUGCGACGCGCCACCGACGCCGCUGACUCCGAGAGCUUCGCCGAGCUCGCAGGAGGUCGUUUCUUCGGACCUCUCGGACAGCGCCGCGCACGGGGCGGUUACGGUGACAGCGGCCAACGUAACGCGACCGCGGCCUCUGCAGAACGGCUCCAGCCCCUCCCUGCCCACGCUGGACGGCCGCGGGUGCGCCCAGAUGAGCACCCAGAGGCAACAAUCAUUGGAGGAGAAGCCGCAGAUCCGGUCUCUGUCUCGCCCCACGACAAAGGCGGCGGACAAGAAAUCUCCGCAAGUUGCGUCGUCGCUUCCGUGGACCUCGCCGCAGCAGCUCAGUCAUAAGGCAUCUUCGGCGCCAGUGUUGCUGAAAAAUAAAGCCCCGACGUCCUUGGGCGACAGCGGAGACAAGAGGAGCCUGCUGCCGGACGCGGCGUCGGCGGGCAGCACCCCCGAAGAGGAGGUCAAGGCUUUCCUUCAAGCGAGGUCGCAGUCAGCGAAAGACAUCAAAGAAGUGGAAGCCGUCCAUGCUUGCGAAUGGCUGCGACAGGCCGGAUUCCCCCAGUACGUGCAGAUGUACGAAGACAACAACUUUCCCGUCGAGAUAACGACCGUUCUCCGGGACCACCCGAGCCUGGAUCCGGAUGAGCUGCAGUCUUUGUUCAGGAGACUCAACACCCUGAACAAAAGCGCCAAGUUGAAAAGCGACGGCCUGGUGAAGCAAUCGAUGCACCACGACAGCGACGAGGAGGAAGGCCCCGCGCUCAGCUACAACUGGCAGUUCCACCGGAGCAGCCGGCGCUGGUCGCGGGUCUCUCCGCCCCUGCCCGUGGUGGUCACCCCCACGGGGGGUUCCUCCUCGCGCACGCCUCAGCACGUGCCGCAGCCCCAGCAGCAGCAGCAGCCCGCCGAGGCGUACAGCUCGCACGACAGCGUGUUCCUGGACGAGCCGCGCAGCAGUCCCGACAGCCGGCUGUCGACGAGCGACGAGCGCCUGGUGGGCGCCGACCUGGAGGGCUCGCCGGGGCCCAAGCUCCGGCGCAGCGGCUCGGAGCGGAUCCGCGACGCCAUCCUCCGCAGGAUGGACAGCCUGCGCGGGAACCGGCGCCGCAAGAAGCGCGGCGGCGCCUCGCAACAAGGUCCCGGCGCCGGCGGCGAUCCCACGGCGGGUGGCGGAGCAGGGGGCCCAUGGUCUAACCACUUAGGUCCCGAGAACCACGCGCUCAGCGAUUCCGAGUGCUCGCCCCAGCUGGCACACCGGCGUAAGACUGGAAGCUUCCGGUCCAGGCACAAGAACCAGCAGCCUUCGGCGCGCUGGCUGUCGGCCAGCUCGGAGCAUGGCCGCGCGAGCGUCUACGACAACGUGCCCGCCGGCGAAGCUCCCAACAACCAGGGCAUGUCCUUGCAGCAACAGCAACAGCAGCAACAGCAGCAGCAGCAACAGGAGGAGCAGCAGCGACAACAAGACACGCAACGGGUGACGGACACUGGUAGCGUGGGAUCGGGAUCCACGGGCAGAGGAGUCCCCGAGGAGAACGACAGGCCGGCGUACACCUCUGAGAGGCGAGACUCGGGCGUUGGCUCAUCACUCACCAGGGCCGGGAAUGGGAGUCCCUGCACCCAGGGUUCUGCCUGGCACUGCUUUUCAUCCUCACCUGAGCAGCUGACAUGCCUGACAGCUCUGCGCUACGAGCACUUGUCAGCAUCCCAGCUGCUUGUACUCAAGAAGCUGGCACUUCUUCACUUGACAGCUCUCAUGGAACGGUUCUCGCCACCCUAUCGGUCAGGCUGGGGCUGGGCCGUCCCCAAGUUCAUCAAGCGCAUGCGUGCUCCUGACUACAAAGACAAGACAGUGUUUGGAGUGCCCCUUAGUGUGUCCCUUCAGCGGACGGGGCACACCCUGCCACCGUCUAUCCAAGGGGCCAUGGAGUUUUUGCGAAAGAGUGCGCCUGAGGCGACAGGCCUGUUCCGGAAGUCAGGGGUUCGCUCCCGCAUCCAGAAACUGCGGUCACUGCACGAGUCUGCCACGGGGCCCAUUUCAUAUGAGCAACACCAGGCAUAUGAUGUGGCUGACCUGCUGAAGCAGUAUUUCAGAGAGCUUCCAGACGGCCUGCUCACGAGCAAGCUGUCUGACACGUUUCUCUGCAUCUUUCAACACAUUCCAGAAGAACUGCGGCUGGACGCACUGCAGGCAGCAGUCCUCCUCAUUCCAGAUGAGAAUCGAGAAGUCCUCGAAACGCUCCUUGUGUUCCUCGACGACGUGUGCAGGCACGCAAAAGAAAACCAGAUGACCGUGGCCAACAUCGCAGUGUGCAUUGCACCGUCCCUUUUUCAACUGGCGGUGCCACGAAGCGCGAGUGCGAGUCCACGAAGGCGGGCAACCACGGUGGGCAUUCCUGACCAGCGCGAACUCAACGAGAACAGGGCAGCGCAUGAGUGCCUGGCACGGAUGAUUAUCGACCACAGGCAGCUCUUUCAGAUUUCUCUGGAAACGCUGCAACAGUGUCGUCUGGAGCAGUACGAACCAAUGACCUUGGAUGAGCUUGGAAGCCUCAAGUCAUAUCUCGAAGGAUGCCUUCAUGCCCUCAUCACCGAGGCUCGGGAGAAGAGCAAAGGCUGGGCAAACGUGCAGCAUGCUGAUGUUGACUUGGCCUUCAAAAAGCCAGGGGACGGUCUUCCACUGCGGCUGUGGCGAUGUGUUGUCGAGGUUGAAGCUCCCCCAGUUGAGCUUCUCACUAGGAUUCUUCGCGAACGACGAGCUCAGCACUUCCACGCAUUUUGCACGCUCUCUACCAUGGACGAACUGGGGUUGUCCACGGCGAAAAAUUCCCAUUUAUCUUGCCAAAGUCACAUUUGGGACAACACGCUCAUCAAGUGGCGACACAUUGCCAAGCUGGACAAGCAGAGUGAGGUCAUCCAGUAUAUCUGUGGAUCCAUGAGGCCACACGCACCGAGAGACUUCUGUGUGCUAAGGGCAUGGCGUACGGAAUUGGCCAGGGGGUCCUGUGCCCUGGUGGAGCUCUCAGUCAAUCAUCCGGAUGCCACCGUGCUUCUUCGUGGCGUCAGAGCAGUUGUGCUUGCUUCCCGUUAUCUCAUCGAGCCCUGUGGGGCAGGCAAGUCAAGGGUCACGCACAUCAGCAGAGUGGAUUUCAGGGGUCGAACCCCGGACUGGUACAACAAGGUGUAUGGCCACUUGUGCGCCCUGCUGCUGGUCCGGCUUCGCGAUUCCUUUGUUCAACGCACUGAGGGGCCUGAGACUAAGGUCUGACACCCAGUCAGGCCCCACUGUCACUGUACAUAUCCCCAUCACAGGCUUCUGGCCGACGAUGGGAGGGAGGCAGCAGGAGUGUGCACACACAAUCCCGCAGAGUUCUUCAAGCAGACUAGUUGCAAGGCUCACUGUAAUAAGGCAGCGUGCUGUAAUGGCUUGGCAGCUGUGGUGCUCUGCCGCUAAGCAUGAAAUCGCAAGUUUGAUUCCCAGCCCACACACUGGGACUUCUGUGUAUGUUGAAGAACUCCAUGUGGUUUAAAUGAACUUUGCACCCCUCUGCUGUGGCAUCUCUCAUAGCCUAGUUGUAGCUUCGAGUGGCUAAUACCAGUCAAACAUCCCAUAGGCCCUAUGUUUCAAGCCACGAUGAUUGGAUUGAAAUUAGGAAGUUUGUAGAUGGAUACGUCACCUGUAUUGCUACUGCAAACUAGCAAGUGCAAUCUUACAGUGAAACCUAUGCGACCAAUUCCAGUUAAAUUUUUUCUCCUCAUACAGCCUUGGCACAUCUGCCAGCUUGCAAAAAUUGCUCAUGGGGAAGGCAACCUUAUGAAGCAGAACUUUACAGCCAGUAUGAUUGAAGAACUCUGACAGUUCACAGCCAGCACCUACUGUAGAAAUUUCAGAGCCAUCAGUUUCUCUGAGGGUGCAGUCCAAUUGCUGUUGAAGGGUGAACUGCCAAAUGAACAGCCAAAUACAAAGUGGUCAUGCUGAGAUUCAUUGCGUCAUAAAUGCACAGAAGCUAAAGGCUUUGAACCCGUGUGCUGCGUCCACGAACACUGCAUAUCUAUCUGUUGACUGUCCUUUCAAGAAAAAUAUUGGCCACAAUGUCAAAGCUAUCUUUGGAGAUGCAAGUUACACUUCCUAAAUCUACAGUUCCUCAGAAAUCAGCCAUCAUCGCCAUGCACAGCCUGCCUACGAAAUGAGCUACAAAUGGAACUUGAUUUCAAACAACAUUCAGUGGCUCUGUUUAGUUUCGAGUAUAUCUAGUUAUUAAUGCAGUAGUGUAAUUGGUACAACUAUAAUCAGCAGUGCUACAUUUAGUAAAUUUGGCAUAAUUGAGCUUGAUACUUUUAAUCUUGAUUGUGCAAGUGCAGUUUUGAUGUCAUGCAUAAGAUGUCAUGGUGCUGUUGUUUUUUUGUAUGGGAUGGUAGACUGUUUCUAUGAAAGAAUUGGGAUGCACCCAAAGAGAGACAAUUAGCCAAAUUAGAAGGCUUUAUAUAGCAGUGGUGGCUGGCUUGUACAUAGCUACAAUUGUUUCAAAUAAGAAAUUUGUCAAUGCAUUGCCUGCCAAUUACUGUUCGUUAUAAACUGUUAUCAUGUGCAUUUGAAAGUUUAUCGAGAGUUUUUCUUUCUGUUGCUUUCAGGGGUGUUGUGGCAGGAUGCGUUGUUACAUUCACAGAUUUGUCCAUCUGUACAGUGGGAAUAAUACAGCCUUACAGUAGGAUAAAAAAUUGGCACAUAUUCGGGCCGCUUAUCACCAGCCCAGAUUGUUAAAGUUAGCAUGUGUGAUAGAUGCCUUGCUAUGUAUAAUUCUGCUAGCGUAAGCCUCUUGCUUUUGACUAAAGUUGUUCAGGUCUGUUUUAAAGCAGGACAUGCCAUACUUGGCAACUGUAAAGGGCACUUUGUGCACGUUUCUGCUCUGCUCAAGACGUAAUUUGACCAUUGUUCAUAUCAGCAUUUGACUUACUGCCUACCUUGGGCAGUUUACAUGCACAUCAAUACAUGAGCUUAUUUAAACAAGUGAUAUUUGUGCUCGACUUGUGAAGAAAUGAUUUUGCACAAAAACCGACCAAGACAUGACUACAUUAGAACAUAUCUCUAUGCUCUCAUUGUCACUCUUGUAGAGAUAUAGUAUAUCUAAUAGCCUUGAAUGAAUUCUUUUACAAGUGUUUAAUAAAACAUUUCUGUGAAAUUGCAGCAGGUAAACAAUACAUUGGGUAGCAAUCAUCUAUGCUGACCGAGUACGUCGAGGCCUGUAAAAAAAAUUUAUGCGAAUCCAAUGCAUAUGUUGGAAUCUAUGUGAAGCAAAGCUUUGGUGGUGCCUAGCUGAUACUAUACAAAAACUUGUUUGGUUUGAUUUGACGAGUUUUAUGUAGGAAUCGAAGUGGGAAAUGCCCAUUCUGGUGGAUUGACUAAGAACGGUGUAUACCUAGUGCAAAAAGUGAGCAGUUUAAUCAAAGAAUCCGUUAAAGACAAUUUGCCAUUCCAUUAACAGAUCGGUGUUCUUUAUAGAUACUUGUGGGCUGACAUUAUAUGUUGAGGUUUUAAGUAGGAAGUAAAGUUUUGGUUGAGCAGAACAAAGGUGGGCAUACUUGGUCAGCACACAAGGGUUACAUAAGCCACUUUGCGGGUACUUUCCUAUAACAUUUGUAUUUAUAUUCACAAAUAUAUCGGCGAGAUAGCUAUGCCGAACCCAGGAAAGUAGGCAACGAAAGCUUCGCUUUGAACAUCUUACUGCUUAGGUCAAACCAAGAGAUUUAACACAUUACAGCAACCCAGCAUAUCAUUGCUAUAUUUUUCUGUACAAGCACUCUAACUGGGCAUCAUUUUAUUUUUGUUUGUUUUAUGUACAGGGACCAGGUUCUUAUUAGCUUCCUAGUCAUGAAUCAGUCUGACUGCAAACUUUUGCAUUUCAUGUAAUGCUGUUGUAGGGGAAAGACAACCAGCAGUCUACCAAUUACCUAGUCAGGUGUGAAUGAGUGUACAGAUAUUGUAUGCAUAAUAUUUUUAACUUAUUUCAGCUGUUGUAUUAUUCCAAACUGCAAGCUUUGAAGUACCUUACCAUAAAAUGCAUUGCUCUUGAAGCCUUGCUUGCUGACAGCAUGACGAUUCACAGAAAAUGUCUAAAGCAUAACUCUGAAAUAUGAAGUUCUUUACUUGUUGACUACACAUGUGAAAAGAACAUCUAGGUGGUAUGGUGUUGUGUACACAUUAAACAUGUAAGUUUCUUGUUGUACCAUUGUGCAGAGUGUAUAUAUUGAGCAUGUUGCGUUGAAAAGAAUCCACAAAUUUCUUUCUGUAGAGACAGAAGAGUGAGUGAGAAAUGCUAUAUAUGUAAAUAGCAGAUUUAAUCAGUGGUUACUUUUGAAAAAAUAAAGAGAAUCUAUAUAUCUGUA